CCGCCGCCGCCGCGCCCCCUCGCCGUCCCCAGCCAGCGAAGAAACCGAGCUGGACGGUCCCCGAGAACUACCGGAAGCACCCGUCACCACUGUCCAACAUGCAGUCAGCGGGACCACCACUCUCGCUGUACCCGCUUCCGUCGCCGCCGGCAUCACCGAUCCUGCACGACCGGCGCAAUAGUUUCAUGCCGAAGCGGAGGAAUUCAUUGGGCCGGUUGCUUUCGCGGGGAUACCAAUCGAGUCCCGACCUCUCCGGGAUGUCGGAGGACAGUGACGAGGGGGCAAUGCCCCCGAUGCCCACGAAGCCCUACUCGAAACCUUCGUCCGCAGGCGUCCCGUCGAGAGCACGCACAUUGAGGAGGAGGGCGACCGAGAAGGGGCGCGCGGAUAUCGAGAAGCCGACUUCUUACACGGAACAGGAGAAGAUGGAGCACGAAUCCAUCUUGGGAGCUGAUCCCGCAGGAUAUGGAUUCUACCUGUACCCCAAGACAUCUACGCUGAGCCCGCAGCGCAACAGCUACGUUGGCGGCAGUGGUAGCAGCGACAGUGGAUCGCCGGUGGAUGGUGGGAGUGGGCGCCCGAGCCACGGCCGGCGGACUUGGAAGGAGGCGAAAGGUCGGAGUUUCCGCAGGACAGUGACGAGUCAGAUCAUCAUGGAGGAGGAAUGCGGGGAUUCAAGUGAGACAGCGCCGAUCGCCCAGCCACAACGACGUCACUCGAUGGCACCCGGGAUCGACAGCCAAUGGCGUGCGCCUCGGCAAGAUGCAGGCUCGGUUGGCCAGCCGACUCUGAACGGAGGAAACAAUAACGCCGCGCGCCGACGGAGCCUGCACAACAGCUGGGAUCAGCUUUCGUCGCAGAUUCAACGCCACGAUGGCCCGUUCCCAGCACUCGAACUCCCGCAGCGGAGGCGCAGCGAUCAGCUACACGACGGCGAGGAGGCGGCGCUGAGGCGUUUGCAGCUGGAGGCGAACCGCUUCAUGAUCCGGACCGAGGAUGUCGACGACACCGACGCCGACGACGACUUUGGCGUGCGACCGGUUGCGGACAGGGGGAGCGGAGGUGGCAGUAGCAGGAACAGUAAUGUGCCGGUACCGGCUCUCCGGGUGGAAAUGGUUAAUGUUUGAUUUUUGAACUGGGGGAUGCGGAGGAGGGAGGGAUACCGGGAGCAGCAGUCAUAUGUUGGGGCGGGGGGUGGCCACGCAUGUUUUGGAUGUACUAGGUUUUGCUUUUUUUGGGAGGGGUUUUUCGUUUCGUUUCGUUUGGAUGGUUUGGUUUUGGUUUCCGCAUUGGACAUAUGCGGAGCAUGCAUGCAUUUGGCUUUUUCGUUUCCUUUCCUCUCCCUUUCCCUUUCUUUUUUCUUUUUCUUUCUCUUUUUUUUGCUCGCGUUUUUCUCGGACGAACCGGGCGUUUUGGGGAUCCCUUUUUUUUUCUUCCUUUCUUCUUAUUCUUUUUUUUGUGUGCCCCUUCGUCGUCUUCGACUCGUCGUACGAUACUUACUCUGCGGUGGACGGUGGCCGGAUAAUCUCAUGGAUGCUUUGGGGUGAUUAUAUUUUUUUCUCUCCCUCUCACGAGGGGCAGGGCGGG